GAAAAGAAGGACUUCUCCUUUUAACAAUGUCGAUGCCACAAAUAUGUAAACGCCUCGAUGCCAUAUUAAAGUUAAUGGAACCCUAUUGGCCAUGGGUAAAUUGCCAUAUGGUCAAUUUUAUAACCGACAAACAUUGGGUUAAUUUUGUACCCAAGGAAAUACAACAGGAGUUACAAAAUCCCGAUGAUAUACAACAAUGUAUUGAAUCAGUAUUUUGGGCAGAUCAGAUAUCUGAUGAUACAAAGUUCCCUGAAACUGUGGCAUUUAUACAAACGACCCAGGCCCAUUGCCUUGAGAAUUUUAAAGAAAUUUUACUUACAAAAGAUGAUUUGACAAAAUGUGUACUAAAACUUAGUACGGAACUGGCACAACAUCCAAUUAGCAUUAAGGAAUUUUUGAGUGAAAAGAAGAAGCAUGAGGUUGAAAUGACAGCAAGUCUUGUAAACGAUCUGAUUCAGGGUACAUCUACUAAUGGCAGUAACACAGUAGUUGUGGAUGCUGGAGAUGGCAAAGGUUAUCUUUCUUCACGCUUGGCCUUGGAAUAUGGUUACAAUGUGCUGGGUAUUGAUAGCAAUCCAUCGAAUACAGAAAAUGCCUUGGAAAGGAAUAAAAAACUAAAGAAAGCAUGGAAUGGUCUCAAGGAGAGAGCAGAACUAGAGUCGAAGGGCAUAACACCACCAAGAAGAGGGAGACAAAAACAAAAGCCCACAGACAAUGAAACCCAAAUUAACUCCACUGGAGAUAAUGACAAUUACAAAACCGUGGACAAAUUUAUAACCACCGAUUUGGAUAUAAACAGUCUGUUAGAUGAUCAUUUUCCCAAUGUAUCCACUCAGCACACAUCAGUAUGCUUAACAGGUCUACAUACCUGUGGCAAUCUUGCAUCAGCCUGCCUGAAAUUAUUUCAUCACCAGGAAAAAUGCAAAAUACUCUGUAAUAUUGGCUGUUGUUAUCAUUUGCUAAAGGAGCAAUAUUCUGGACAAGAAUUCUUUGGCAACAAACACAUCGUGGAUAUGAAUCCAGAAACUGGUUUCCCUCUCAGUUCAUAUUUGCAAGAGAAGCGAACAGCUUUGGGUAGAAAUGCCCGCAUGUUGGCGGUGCAAUCAACAGAUCGUACUAAGGCCAGUAAGGAACUACCCAACAUUUCCCUACUCUAUAGAGCAUUGUUUGAAAUAUUGGUUUGUGAGGCCAUGCCCGAAAUGAAGGAUGCCAUACAAGUGGGUAAAUUAAGAAAAUUCAACAAUUUCCAAGAAUAUGUGGAGCUAUGUAAAAAGAAACAUCACUCUUUGGAAGUGAUCUCUCAAGAAAGAAUAGACACCAUUGCAGCAGAAGGGGAACACCAUAAAUCCCAUUUGGAUAUGUUUUAUUUGCUGCGAAUGUCAUUUGCUCCUGUCCUCGAGACUAUUAUCUUAUUAGAUCGCCUACUUUUCUUAUUAGAAAAUGGCCAUAAACAAAGUUAUAUAUUGGCUGCCUUUGAUGCUGUGGUCUCACCUCGCCGAUUUGCAAUAAUUUCAAUAAAAGAAUAACAAAACUUUUUGGUUGCCAAA